UUUGUGAAUUUUUUCAGAUGGUACUGUGCCCAAUGUAUGUGCCCAAUGUACUGUAUUAAAGUUUUUAAUAAAAGAAAUUGCAACGAUGAUUUUAGAAGAUGAACCAAGUUUAAAAGCACAGGUUGAUAAGAGAAACUUUAUUCAAGAUAAUAAUUUGAGCCCCACGAUCAUGCUUAAUUCUAAUAUCGCUACAUGUUCUCCUUCCACCUCGACUCCAGCAGAGGUGUUGGUCAAGCAGGAGAACGAGCUUGACAAUAUUUGUGAAGCGAUGUAUGUACAUGAUCAUUGGGAAGCCGUUUUAGAUACGGAACAAAAGAAAGAGCAAAAUGCUCCGAGGCUUUCCCCAUUUUUUUUGCGUAAAAGUGUAAACGCGGAACUAAGGAGUCAUUUUGUUGUAUAUUUAAUCCGACUUGGCGUGAGUAUAACAUGGCACAGUUACGGACUUUCUAUACUUUCUAUUAAUAUAAUGAUAUAAAAACUUAUUGAAAGCGAUGUAAAUUUCUAUUUCAUGCUCA